AUGUCGUCGACACUCAUUGUCUUUUCUUACUUUUCUUACUCACACAAACUAAAGCGUCUCAGAUCUCAAACUGUUGGGACUCAUUUUCAGAUCUUAGCGGGUUUAUAAAACAUUAAAAAACACAAAGAAGGCGUUAGCAGAGAUGUGUUCAGAAAUUUAGGUUUUUAAAAAGACUGUAAAUUUAUUCUGCAUCGAAAAUAUCGAGCCCUGAACAGGCCUCGACAGGGUGACCGUGUCACUCGCAUUUACGACUAAAAAUAGACGUGUGUGAAUUAUCAAAUGUAUUUAGAGUCACAUGUGCGUGAAUACGGCAGUGAAGUUAGUUUCAGGUUGGAUAUAUUUCCCUGUAAAUACGGCGGUGAAGUUAGUUUCAGGUUGGAUAUAUUUUCCUGUAAAUACGGCGGUGAAGUUAGUUUCAGGUUGGAUAUAUUUUCCUGUAAAUACGGCGGUGAAGUUAGUUUUAGGUUGGAUAUAUUUUCCUGUAAAUACGGCGGUGAAGUUAGUUUUAGGUUGGAUAUAUUUUCCUGUAAAUACGGCGGUGAAGUUAGUUUCAGGUUGGAUAUAUUUUCCUGUAAAUACGGCGGUGAAGUUAGUUUCAGGUUGGAUAUAUUUUCCUGUAAAUACGGCGGUGAAGUUAGUUUUAGGUUGGAUAUAUUUUCCUGUAAAUACGGCGGUGAAGUUAGUUUCAGGUUGGAUAUAUUUUCCUGUAAAUAUGGCGGUGAAGUUAGUUUUAGGUUGGAUGUAUUUUCCUGUAAAUACGGCGGUGAAGUUAGUUUUAGGUUGGAUAUAUUUUCCUGUAAAUACGGCGGUGAAGUUAGUUUCAGGUUGGAUAUAUUUUCCUGUAAAUAUGGCGGUGAAGUUAGUUUUAGGUUGGAUGUAUUUUCCUGUAAAUACGGCGGUGAAGUUAGUUUUAGGUUGGAUAUAUUUUCCUGUAAAUACGGCGGUGAAGUUAGUUUUAGGUUGGAUAUAUUUUCCUGUAAAUACAGCGGUGAAGUUAGUUUAAGGUUGGAUAUAUUUUCCUGUAAAUACGGCGGUGAAGUUAGUUUUAGGUUGGAUAUAUUUUCCUGUAAAUACAGCGGUGAAGUUAGUUUUAGGUUGGAUAUAUUCUCCUGUAAAUACGGCGGUGAAGUUAGUUUCAGGUUGGAUAUAUUUUCCUGUAAAUACGGCGGUGAAGUUAGUUUCAGGUUGGAUAUAUUUUCCUGUAAAUACGGCGGUGAAGUUAGUUUCAGGUUGGAUAUAUUCUCCUGUAAAUACGGCGGUGAAGUUAGUUUCAGGUUGGAUAUAUUCUCCUGUAAAUAUGGCGGUGAAGUUAGUUUUAGGUUGGAUAUAUUUUCCUGUAAAUAUGGCGGUGAAGUUAGUUUCAGGUUGGAUAUAUUUUCCUGUAAAUACGGCGGUGAAGUUAGUUACAGGUUGGAUAUAUUUUCCUGUAAAUACGGCGGUGAAGUUAGUUUUAGGUUGGAUAUAUUUUCCUGUAAAUACGGCGGUGAAGUUAGUGUCAGGUUGGAUAUAUUUUCCUGUAAAUACGGCGGUGAAGUUAGUUUCAGGUUGGAUAUAUUUUCCUGUAAAUACGGCGGUGAAGUUAGUUUCAGGUUGGAUAUAUUUUCCUGUAAAUACGGCGGUGAAGUUAGUUUCAGGUUGGAUAUAUUUUGCUGUAAAUGCAGCGGUGAAGUUAGUUUCAGGUUGGAUAUCUGACGGACAUUCUCUGAGGAUCUACCGGUGUCUUCUCACUCUCCAUAACCGGGAAUAACAACAGCAGCGCGGUUAAAUCUACUCGACACCCUCACUGUCAACGUCGGUGUUGAAUAAGGGACCGUCAAUAAAUUACCGGUUGAUGUUCUCAGAAAAGGCUGUUUUCCUUCAAUAGCUUCACUGUCAUGUGACCAAAAGACCUAAAAUUGAUUUCUAAUAAUAGUACUAAGGUCGAUCAAUAAGACAAACAUUAUUGAUCAGUUUUCAUUGAUCCCCUAAAGUUCUUACUUUUUUAACUCAGGAGAACAUGUGAACAGAGUUCGAGUUGAACCCUGCUG